UGUAAAAAAAUCAAUAAAAUAUAUAUUAUAAAAAAUAAAUAAAUAAACAUGAGUGGUUGAAGUGACCAUAUCUAUGGAGGAGUCUCACCAGAUUGUGAAGGUGCUCCAGGAAUGAAUAUGUUCCAAACCACUUCAUUCUCAAGCCUUGUGGCCAGUGGUGAAUAGGUGAAUUGUGAUGUGUGCGGAACAUGGGACCUUGGGGAAUUCCGUAAUCAAGAGGAGAAUGAGUAACAACAGCUAGUGGAGACAAAGAAUUCUCCCUUUUCCCCCCUCCCUGUUCCCAGGGGAGAGCUGAACCCAGCAUCCCAGAUUUGUGUGACUACACAGGCAAGCAUUUGGAGACUAACUUCACUUUGGUACCCUAGCCCUCAGUGGCUCAAGGUGUUGGUUUUCUGAGCAGACAGGAGGCUCUUAAGUAGCAAAGCUCCCUGCUCUCAGCAAGCCCAGCAAAUGGGGAAGGGAGACACCCAGGAGACGACAGCACCGCCCACUUCAGCCUACCGCUCUGUCAUGGAGGAGUACGGUUAUGAAGUGGGCAAGUCCAUUGGCAAUGGCUCCUAUGGGACAGUGUAUGAAGCUUACUACACAAAGCAGAAGGUCAUGGUGGCUGUCAAGAUCAUUUCAAAGAAGAAGGCCUCUGAGGACUAUCUUGUCAAGUUCCUGCCUCGUGAGAUACAGGUAAUGAAGGUCCUGCGGCACAAGAACCUCAUCAACUUCUACCAGGCCAUCGAGACCACGUCCCGAGUGUACAUAAUUCUGGAGUUGGCUCAGGGCGGCGAUGUCCUUGAAUGGGUCCAGCGCUACGGGGCCUGCUCUGAGCCCCUUGCGGGCAAGUGGUUCUCCCAGAUGUCCCUGGGCAUCGCCUACCUGCACAGCAAGGGCAUCGUGCACCGGGACUUAAAGUUGGAGAACUUAUUGCUGGACAAGCGGGAGAAUGUGAAGAUAUCAGACUUUGGCUUCGCCAAGAUGGUACCUUCUAGCCAUUCUGUGCGUAAUAGCCCUUCUUUACACCAAAGGAACUGUUUUGCCCACCUCAGCCAGACCUACUGUGGCAGCUUUGCUUAUGCCUGCCCAGAGAUCUUGUUAGGCUUACCCUACAACCCUUUCCUGUCUGACACCUGGAGCAUGGGUGUCAUCCUCUACACUCUGCUGGUUGCCCGUCUGCCCUUUGAUGACACCAAUCUCAAGAAGCUGCUGAAAGAGACUCAGAAGGAGGUCACUUUUCCACCUAACUUGUCCGUCUCCCAGGAGUGCAAGAACCUGGUUGUCCAGACACUACGUCAGCCCACCAAGCGUGCCACCAUCCUGGACAUCAUCAAGGACCCAUGGGUGCUCAAGUUCCAGCCUGAGCCACCCACCCAUGAGAUCAGGCUGCUUGAGGCCAUGUGGCAGCCGCUCAGCACGGCAAGUUGUCGCGCAUCCAUGGAAAUCAAUAUCUGAAAGUGGCUGAGGCAGGGAUUGAGAGAGGAGCAAAGCAGGAAGGGUUUGGGGCUAAAAAUCUUUUAUACCAAAAAUAAAUCUAAUUCUGAUUUAGUUUCAU